GUAUGUAAACAGGGUCCUUAACUUCCAAAAAUCUAUGUACAUGUUCGUUGUAUUGCAAAAUGGCAUAUCGUUCACGCCGACGGUCUGAGCGCUUCACUUCUUUUUGUCGCUCUCUGUUCCGCCGGAAACCUCGGCACGCUAUAGAUGAACAUAAAGAUCGGUCUAUCCAGAAGACAAGAGCGGAAUUAGGCCCGUCAAUAGCGCCGAUUGACGAUGAGCAAAGCACGAACGUCAAUGCUCCGGCUUCGCUGAAGAGGGAUGGCACGAGCCUUCCCGUGCUAACGGAACGUAGUAGUGAUGCAGCUCCCAAUGUGUGCUCGCAGGAACUUAUCACUGCGACAGGUGUCCCAAAGAUUUAUGGAACUGCAUCAAACUCGGAGGACCUUUGGAGCGCCGCAUUCCGGGAAGCCGUUGAGGAAGUGAAGAAACAUGUUGAUGUCUCCAUAUUCGAAGGCCAGGACGUCGCGAAGUUGUUUAAGAACCUCGAGGACAUUAACGAAGCAGCAACCUAGGAGGACGUUUUUCUGAGAGGAGUGAAGUACUUGCGAUCCAUCCAAGUUCCACUCGAGAAUUUCAAGCUCGCAUUAGAUCUGGC